AUGACAAAAAAAAGCAAAAUUUUUCUGUUCGAUGUAGAUGGGACCUUAACAAAAUCUCGAAAAACGAUCGAAAAAGAUAUGGUUGAUACAUUAUUGGAACUAAAAUCUAAAGAGGAAUGUUUAUUGGCAUUAGUUGGAGGAUCUGAUUAUAAAAAAAUUGUAGAGCAAAUACAAUAUCCUGAAAUGUUUGAUUAUAUAUUUUCAGAAAAUGGAGUAAUAGCGCAUAAAAAUAAUGAACAAUAUUUUUCGGAGAAUAUUAUAAAUUUUUUGGGAGAAAGCAAAUUAAGAGAUCUCAUAAAUUAUUGCCUUUUGUAUAUUGCCAAUUUAGAUAUUCCAAAAAAGAGAGGAACCUUCAUUGAACUACGAAAUGGAAUAAUAAACAUUAGUCCCAUUGGACGAAAUUGUUCAUAUAUAGAUAGAGAAGAGUUUUGUGUAUAUAAUUCCAAGCAUGACAUUCUUAAAACAUUUCGAUCGAAUUUAAUUAACGAGUUCGAGAAAUAUAACCUCGCAUUUUCAAUAGGAGGGCAAAUAUCAAUAGAUUGCUUUCCAAUAGGAUGGGAUAAGACAUUUUGUUUGAGGCACAUAGAAGGGAUAUCGAGUGAAAUAUAUUUUUUUGGAGAUAAAACAGAUAUAGGGGGAAAUGAUUAUGAAAUAUUUCACGACAAAAGAGUGCGUGGUUAUUCAGUUACAUGCCCAGAUGACACUAUUAAAGUUCUAAGGACCUUUUUAGACAAUUAA